AUGCGUUCAGCUCAUUGGGACAUCGCAGCCGCUGUGAGAUCCAUCGAAGCUGCUUCUUUCUCCAGCAAUGCCUCCCCGACUACACCUACCCCCACUACCUUUCCGGACUCCAUAGUAGGAGCCAACCACGCUAAGUACGCUUUAGAAUCCUAUGUUAACCGGAAAAUGUUUCAGGGGUUCGACCGCGAGACCUUUUACAUGGACGGCAACCUCUCCUCAUUGAUCCAUCCCGAUCAGCACCGUCGCGAUUGCUUCACUCAGUACCGCGACAUGAAAGCCAUGGACCCAAUUGAACUGUUAGGGAUACUUCCAACUUGCAGCUUCGGGAACUUCUGUUUCAAGAAGUAUUUGGCAAUUGUUCAUCCCAAAAUGGAGGAGUCGUUAUUCGGGGACUUGGAGCAGCACCGCCUAGUUUUGGCCGGAAACCACCUCAGGGGUCAAUUUUAUGGGGAGUUUUUGGGCCUUGCUAAGGCAGUUUGGCUGCUACAUUUGCUGGCAUUUUCGAUGGACCCACCGUCUAGUCAUUUUGAGGCGACUAAGGGAGCUGAUUUCCAUCCGCAGUAUAUGGACAGUGUGGUGAGGGUUCCUGGUGGUGGACGAACGGGUGGUGGCGUGCCUCAGGUGGUGGGCUUUCCGGUGAGUCUUGGGUUUAAGCUUGGAAGUGGGUCGCUAAUUAAAGCCGGGGUAUACCUUGUUCCCAAGAACAGGUAUUGAAUUUCUACUACUAUUUAACCUAGUUAAAACUUCGAAGACAUGGACGAGGUCGAGCUCUGAGGUGCUUCGGUUAUGGAAGUUUUCUCGGCUAUAGUAGAUUCAAGUCUUCGGUCAGUAGAUUUGU